GCGCUCUUGUCAAGUAUCGAUCUUAAAAGCCGUUAUAAAACGCUCUAUUAGUAUUCAUUAUCCCUUGUCCCAUCUACAGAAGUAGAUAGGGGGCGCGGGUUGCGAGUUUGGCUGUUGUGUUGUGAGCGUAAAAUAAGACGUACACACACUUGAAAUGGCGGAGUCAAGCGAGAAAAGUAGAAGUGAGAGCAAGAAGUUAAAGGACGCUCCAGCAACAUUUAAAUCCAAAGUGUGGACUUACUUUGGAUUUUAUAACAGUGUGGACGGGGCAAAGCUAGAAAAGGACUACGCAAUAUGCAAGAACUGCUUUGCAAAAGUCCGCUACACGGGAAACACGAUCAACAUGCACAGCCACCUCACGCGGCAUCACCUGGAGCUCUGUGAGAAAGCCAUGGUUGGUGCUGGCUCAAAGCCGACACACCCCGGCGUAAACACCCUUUUCCUUGCAAAGCUACCACCUUGUUAUGCUAGGGCAAAGUCAAUCACAAAUGUGAUCGCUGUUUACAUGUGUAAAUGGAUCCGUCCGUACAGCGAGGUGGAGAAUGAAGUGUUCCGCUUUUUAAUGAAUAUCUUAACGGUCACUACAUAACGGUCACUGUACAUUUUAUAAACGAAGAUUGGGAAAUUAAGUCAUAUGUCCUGCAAACCCGAGCAAUGCACGAAACGCACACUGGGACACACAUUGCCGAUGUACUGAAAGCCGCAGUGGGGGAGUGGAAUCUUGAUGCUAAGAAGCCAGUGGUUGUCACCGACAAUACAUCAAACAUGCGUGUAGCAAUAUCCUUAACAGGAUACCAACAUGUUAGAUGUUUUGCUCAUGUUUUAAAUCUUGCAUCCCAAUGUGCGCUGAAAAUAGCUGCUGUUGCCAAGGUACUUGUCAAAGUUAGGAGGAUCUCAACAUUCUUUCAUCGAAGCACAACUGGAGCAGAAGCACUGAAAAGAAACCAGGAACUCCUUGGCCUCCCCCUUCACAAGCUCAUUGUUCGUUGGAGUAGUGCCAAUGAAAUGAUCUCCAGGUUUCUUGAUCAACAGCCAGCUGUCUUAUCACCAGAGGUGAGAAAGAAUGUGACUGACUGUGCUCUGACAGAGAAUGACAUCUCAAGUGCUGAAGAGAUGGUGGAAGCAUUUAGACUAAUGCUUGUGGCAACAAAUAUCAUGUGUGAGGAAAAGAAUCCCACCAUUUCAGUGGUUGCUCCUCUUCAUGCCCAACUGCUGCGAGACACAACCAGAACUGAAGAAGAUUCCCCUCUAGUUCGAGAGAUUAAGGGAGUCAUCAAUCAAGACCUUUCAAAGAGAUAUCAGUCAGAGGUGGAAAAAGAUCUCCUACGCAUGUCCUCAGCCCUGGACCCUAGAUUCAAAUCCCUUUUAUUUCUGUCACCUGAAGAAGUGCAAGACACUUAUGCAAAACUACAGUCAACUGCAGGAGAUAUAAUCAGUGCCCAAAGAAGUUCACUCACUCCUGAACAUGCUAACCAACUCCUCUUUCUCAAGAAAAAUAUGAACAUAUAAAACACAUCACAUGCACAGGUACAUUUUAGAUGUACUUUAUCCCUGAUAUAUUUAUUUUAUUUUUUAUGUCUGACUGUUUUGUUGCAACUAAGUCACAAGUUGUUUUUGUUAUUGUUUCAUCCACAAAUAAAUAAAUUGAGACUCAUUUUACUAAUUAAAAAAAAAAACUUUUUAUUUCUUAAAACAUGAUAUAUUGUGAGUUAUUACUGAUAAUAUAUUGAUUAUUGCCAUAUCGUGAUAUUAUCGUAUCGUGAGCAAUGUAUCGCGUAUCGUAUCAUAUCGUGUAGUACCCAGUGAUUCCCAGCCCUAUUAGCAACUUCAUUUUGAAUGUCUUUUAUUUUAUAACUGUUAUUGCAAAUUAAGCAGAGCUGGCUGUGCCACAUUUAAAUCCACAAACAUAUGUACUCCAGCAGUGUCGGAAUUUCUAUUGUAUUUAGGUUAGAGUGUAGUCCAAUAAUAAUACAUGUUGAGGGUGCUUUAUAUUGAAUUCUUAUAGCUGUUGAUGCCUGCCUGGUGCCUUCUUCUGGCUCUGCUGUGUAGUGCACCUGCUGGCUGGGUGAUGGUUGAAAUGAAUUCCUAAUCAGCCUUGUUGGACAUAAAAAGGACCCGUGCGUUUGGAGUUGGGAGGGCCCUGUUUUUUGUUCUCUCUUGCAUUUGGAUGUGUUCCCCCUUCUAGUUUUUUGUUUGUUAUUUUUUUAUUAAUACUCACACUUUUCCCCUAGACAUGUGUUUGUGUUGAUUUAAUUAUUUGAUUUAUAGAUUCUGUUAAUAAAUUGGCUUAUUGUCGACAUUUUGAUUUUGGCCAGCCGUAACAAUGAGAUAUGAAAAAUCUGUCUGCUUGAUAGUGUCCAGUUCUCCAUAGUUACAAGCAACUGGUCGAUUUCACAAGACACAUCCAGAUUCUUAGUCAAGUCAAGUCAAGUCACCUUUAUUUAUAUUGCGCUUUAAACAAAAGACAUUGCGUCAAAGCAACUGAACAACAUUCAUUGGGAAAACAGUGUUUUAAUAAUGCAAAAUGA